AUGAGCGCCCUCGGAGGAGGUUCCUCGGAUAGAUCCGACGCUGCCUCGCCUAUGAGCAUUGCCUCGGAUACUAGUGAUGAAGGUGUUGAACUCGAAGUUGGUGACAGUAACAUGGGCGACGAUACCACGCGUUCAGAGCUGGAGGUGAGUGUAUCGAGUUUUCUGCUGCGGGACCAUGCUGACCUUGACACGGCCUACUUUGCCCCCAAUGACGAGGAUGAACUAGGUCGUUUGGAUUACAAUCACGAGCUGGUUCUGAAGUUCCUCAAGUACAACCUCUUUCUAGCCCCAAUUGACGUGAGGAAGAUGCAAAGAGUACUUGAUAUCGGUACUGGUACGGGUAUCUGGGCGAUCGAGAUGGGCGACACUUUUCCCAACGCGUUGCUAAUCAUCAAAAGAGUCCCAUCCAACGUCAGGUUUGAGAUCGAUGAUGUUGAAAGUGAUUGGGUCUAUGAAGAACAGUUCGACUUCAUCUUCAGCCGCUACAUGGCUGGAUCUCUCUCCGACUGGCCUACACUUGUGAGUAGAGCAUAUGAAAAUCUUCGGCCAGGUGGAUGGGUUGAGUUUCAGGACUAUGACUUUGAAUUUUCGUCACUUGACGGAAGCCUAAGGCCCGAUCACAAAACACACCAGUGGGACCAAGCUUUUCUGGAAGCGGCCAGGCUCUGUGGCAUUGAGCCAUGCCCUGGAUCUAAGCUGGAGAACUGGGUGGAGAAUGCAGGAUUCAUCAACAUCGGGCAUAAGACAAUCAGUGUGCCUCUAGGACCGUGGGCUAAAGACAAGUACCACCAAGAAAUCGGCCUGGGCAACUUGAUCCAGCUUCUAGAUGGGCUCGAGGCGUUCACAUUGAGGCUGUUUUGUGGGGUUCUUGGCAAGACUGAGGAAGAGGUGUCGACCCUGUUAUCCGAAGUCCGCCAAGAGCUGAGAUCGCAAGUCUUUCACGCCUUUGGCGAAUUGUGA